AUGUCAUCUUUGCUAAGGUUGUUACGUGCAAUUCUUGUUCUGUUCGUAGUUUUGAGUGGCACUGAUGCCAAAUUGCAUAGACACCCUCGAAGAAAAUCAGUGUUUUAUCGAACAAUCUAUGUCGAUCAGUCAGGUAAAGGUAAUUUCCAAACUAUCCAAUCUGCCAUUGAUUCUGUACCUUCAAACAACAAUAAGUGGAUUUGUAUAUACAUCGAAGCUGGUGUAUACAGAGAAGCUGUGAAAAUUCCUUAUGACAAGCCAUUCAUCUUCCUCAAAGGAGAAGGAAAAUGGAAAACUUACGUAGUAUGGGAUAAUCAUGAUUCAAUUGCAACGAGUGCUACUUUUACUUCUGAUGCAGACAACAUAAUCGUCAAAAGUAUAACCUUCACAAAUUCUUACAACCGUCCCCCGGGGAGCUCUGGUAACCCGAUGAGGACAGCGGUGGCAGCAAAGAUAUCUGGAGAUAAAUCAUCCUUUUAUCGAUGUGGAUUUUUGGGAUUGCAAGAUACAUUGUGGGAUGUUCAAGGUAGACACUACUUCAAACUUUGCAGUAUCCAGGGAGCCGUCGAUUUCAUCUUUGGGUCUGGCCAAUCAAUUUAUGAGAGAUGCACAAUAUCAGUUACCGCAGGCGUGUUAAAUGGACUAGCAGGAUUCAUAACAGCGCAAUCAAGAACGAGUCCUCAUGAGACAAAUGGAUUCGUGUUUAAGGAGUGUAACAUAAUUGGGAACGGAAAGACAUUCUUGGGAAGAGCAUGGAGAGAUUAUGCUCGUGUCGUAUUUUAUAACACCACAAUGUACCAAUUAACAUUCGCAGAGUAUAAAUGUCGAGGAGUUGGAGCAAAUACUGCAGGGCGCGUAAAAUGGGCGAACAAGUUGAAUGUGGACGAGUUGACUCGGUUAACGAGCAUGUCUUUCAUUGAUGAAGAAGGUUGGAUGAGUAGACAAGUUUUCAACAUGAUGGACUAA